GCACAAUGGUUUGGGCGCAGCUGAUUUGGGUUUCGCGUAAUAGGCUAAGUUCUGCUGUCUGCAUGUGUGUCUUCCGCCGUCUGUGCGUCCUUGUUUCACGCGUCACCUGCCUCGCAAGUGCGACGGUCAGGUGCAUGCAUGAGUGAUUGAAGUUGAAUGAUGCAGGUUAAACAGCGGCAAGGAAGCGAGAAAGCUAACGUUAAGUGAACCUUCAACUCUGCCUGGAAAAUGUACAUUCCAGGACUCGAGGCUCACCAAAGACAUUUACAAAGACUGGCUUGUUAAAGAUCCGCGGGACAUCMAUAUGGCGCGAUGAAGAGCCUACAGCAAAUCAAUAAAAGUGCACGCCAUGGGCGAAGCAGGUAUGACGAGCCAUGCUGCUGGAACAUCACACAUGACGGCACUGCACAAGUUAAAAGCAGUUCCUGGUGUGUAAGCGCAAGUUGGAGAGCAAGAAGGAGGCCCUCCUGAUUCUGUCCAAGGAGCUGGAUACCUGUCAACAGGAGAGAGACCAAUACCAGCUGAUGGCCAACCAGCUCCGAGAACGCCACCAGGGACUCAAGAAGAAGUACAGGGAACUCAUAGAUGGAGACUCCAGUCUACCACCUGAAAAAAGAAAUCAAUUGAAUUUGGCCCAGCUGUUGAGAGACUCCAGAGAAAGGAGUAAGCAGCUGUCUGAAGAGGUGAAGGAGCUGAGUCAACGACUGGCUGAGGCCCAGGGGGAUAACAAGCUCCUGCGGAUGACCAUAGCCAGACAGAGGUUGGGGGAUGAAGAGGUGGGGGCAAGGCACUUCCAGGCCUAUGAGCGGGAGGACCUGGUCCAGCAGUUGGAGACGGCACGAGAGCAGAAUGAGSAGCUGGAGCACAGUGUGAAAUCUCUGACGGACGAGCUGCAGGAUGUGAGGGCAGAGCGUAACGUGUUCCAGGAAAAGGCCCAGCGGCUGAACCACGAGGUGAACCACAUCUUGGGGGGACACGAGUGUCGGAUUCUUGACGUAGAUGCACUCUGCAUGGAGAACAGAUAUUUACACGAGAGGUUCAAACAACUGCAGGAGGAGGUCACCAUGCUCAAAAUGAAUGUCAUGAAGUACAAGAGUGCUCUGGAGAGCAGGAAGAACUCCAAGACUUAUGGCAAAGCUAACAGCAGUGCACUCACCGGGGUGCUCUCUGCCAAACAAGUGCAGGAAUUAUUGCUUUCUGAGGACAACGGAUGCAGUCUCCCCGUCACGUCUCAGUCCAUCUCAGACCUCAAGUCCCUGGCCACAGCCCUACUGGAAACUAUCCAUGAGAAGAACCUGGUCAUUCAGCACCAGCGCCAAACCAACAAGAUUCUGGGAAACCGAGUAGGGGAGCUUGAAAAGAAACUGAAGACUCUAGAGGUGUCGGGACUAUGGAGCCUCCCAGGCCUGACUUACAAUGUGUCUCUGGGAUUCUCUGGAAGAGGGAGAGAUGCCAUCAUCCUGAAUGAAACUCUGCAGCCUAUCUCCACUGUGACAAGCUCUGAGGAGAAGGAAGUACCAUCCAAUGAGCACGAAGUACCCCCUACUGAGCACAAAGUACCCCCUACUGAGCACAAAGUACCCCCUACUGAGCACAAAGUACCCCCUACUGAGCACAAAGUACCCCCUACUGAGCACGAAGUACCCCCUACUGAGCACGAAGUACCCCCUACUGAGCACGAAGUACCCCCUACUGAGCAGGAAGUAACCCCCAAUGAGCAGGAAGUAACCCCCAAUGAGCAGGAAGUACCUCCCACUGACCACGAAGUACCCCCUACUGAGCAGGAAGUACCUUCCACUGUGCAGUCUACCACAGAGCAGAGGAUGACAAGGUAGCCAAUGACAGGCAGACCCCCCGUCCCGUCCCAAGACAUGUGGGGGGGUUACCCAGUGUGAUGGGGGAUACAGAGAUAAGCACCAAGGAGCCAGAGCCACUAGUGUCACCAGUCAGCCUGGACACAUCCAAGCAAAACUAGACAGGCAAAACUGCUGAGGAAGUAACUGACUGUUCUCAAGCAGAGACAAUAAACCUGGAUGAAUGUCAGACUGUCGACCAAUCACAAAGUGCAAAUGAGGUCACGGUGCUUCCAAGGUACCAAUUAGACGAGACUGUAGGCAGGACUCCAUCCCCUUCCUCAGAGCCAGACUUGGACAUGUCCUGCCCUGUAAGACGUAUGCCACCUAUCAAAGCCUCUAAAGGACACAAAACCCACCCAGAGAGAGGCGAGUUGAUCAGAUGACGACAUCUUAAGGGUGAGGUCUGAGGAGAUUGACAUGGCAGAGGGCUCUAUGACAGAAGACCCCAAUCUUCCAUCCUCAACAUCAACCUGCAGCUCUCCUAUUCAAACAAGUCCCACCCACGGGGAGAAUAACCAAUCGCACCACAAGGCAGAACAUUCAGAAGAUGUGAGGGUCGAGUGCUUAACGAAUGAGUCAGAAAUCCUUCACUUGAACAGUAGCCACUCAAAUGCUGAAUGUUCAGAAUGGGAAAACGGUGAAGAAUGACAGCUACUUCAGCCAAAACCAUGCCUAGAUUGACAC